CCUGGCCGACCGGUACGCCGGUGAAACUACCGCUCCCGUCGCCGCGCUGAAGUCCGAUUCCCCACAGCCCCCGGCUCCGACACGGUCUGACGGUCACACCACCUCACCUCACCACGAGCCCCCUCGAUAUCUCCUCCUCCAACCCCGCUGCUCUUCUCGCCUCCAUCCCAACGAGGACCCCCUGAUUCGGCGAGGUUCCAAUUCGACCGGCGACUCGGAUCUCGGCGGGGGGUUGCAGUGGUCAUCCGUCAGGACUCGCACGCCAUGGCCGCCGCCGCCGUCACCGCUGCCGACUCCGCCGAUCCCGCCGUCGCCACCUCCACCUGCGCGCACUGUAACCGAGAGAUUCCGUCUCCAAACAUCGCGCUGCAUUCUGCACACUGCGCUCGCAACCUUCACUUGAAGUGUGAGCAUUGUGGAGAUAUGGUCCCAAGGAAGCACAUGGAUCAGCACUAUGAUGAUAACCAUGCUCCGGUGAAUUGCCCACGCUGCGAACAAACUGUGGAGCAUGAGCUGUGGGAUCUUCAUAAACGCUUACAGUGCCCACAAAGGAUGCUUGCGUGCCAAUAUUGCAAGUUCGAACUACCCGCAGCUGACAUUUUUGAGCAUCAGGAUGUAUGUGGAAAUCGAACAAAAUAUUGUCAACCUUGCAACAAGGACAUCAGACUUCGAGAAUGGAUUGGACACGAGCUCCUACUCCAUUCAAAAACAAAUGCCGCUGCAGAAUCUUCAAGAUCCAUGCUGGAAAAAGAAGAGGGUGGUUGUCACAAGCAAGUACGCCCAGCUUUUGGUUUAAAUCACAAGCAACUGUUCCUCACAAUUGCAAUAACCGGACUUGCUGUACUGAUUGGAUCCAUUCUGUUCCAAAGAAGGAUUGGAAGUUCCGAAGCCUUGUAAAGUUGUAAUGAUGUUCACCGCAAGAAUGCAGAUCAAUUUUUUUUGUGCCUUUAAAUCUUAAUGCACAAGUUCUUCCAUAAUCAAAAGCAGAGCUUAUUCCUUGAGUAAUGUUCAGAACACAAACCAUGUAGAAUACUCCUAUGUCCUAUCAGAAAUCACCUGAUUGAUAAAUGUACUGUGCCUCACAAUGUAUGCCAAUAUGAUACUUCCUGAUGGCAAUAAAGUAUUAUAGAUUACCUUA